CUGCAAACCGGCCGGCAGCGAGGCUCUCCCUCGCCUUGGGUCGCAUCUCGGCAUUCCAGGAACUUUUGCUGACACGCUCCACUCACCAACCAAGAACAAGCAGCAGCGAGCAGCUAAUUUUCCGUAUUUCUAAAUACAUGCUCACUUUUCCCGACAAGGGCGCCCGAGCGGAUACGCGAUGAGACGCACAGAAAAACGGGCCCCGGGCCGCCUCCGGCUCCCCGCAAGUCGGCUUUCUCCAGCCUUGCCGCUAUUGGCCCUCUUCGGACCCCGUAAGCCGCCGUCGCGUGACGGUGUCUGGGCUGGAGCUUCCGAAAGGAAAAGCUCAGCGGUUCAGCCGGGGUACCCGGUUGGUCUCUCGUGCGCAGGCGCGGUCGCGCCCGGCGGCCUGGCGGCGGCGGCGAAAAAUGUCUCGGGGCUAGGGGUCCUGCGCGUCUCCGGUGCGGUCCGCCGCUGGGAGUUGGCCGUGGCGGCGGGCCCAGGUGCCUUUCCCAGGAGGGGCAGGAGAGAGGAAGAGAUGGCCACAAGGUUGCUGCCGGUCCAUGCUCAGGAGUCUGUGACAUUCAGGGAUGUGGCCGUAUUCUUCAGCCAGGACGAGUGGCUGCACCUGGACUCUGCACAGAGAAUGUUGUACCGGGAGGUGAUGCUGGAGAACUAUGGCACCCUGGUCUCGCUGGGAAUUCUGUUUUCCAAACCAAAGGUUAUUUUCCAGUUACAGCAAGGGGAAGACCCCUGGAUGGUCGAAAAUGGAGUUUCUCAAAGCCCCUGUGUAGGAUGGGAGAACUUGUUUGAAACCACAGUUUCUGAAGAAGAAAAUCAGGAAGUAAUGAAUAAACUUCUAGGUGACAGUUUUUUUGACUUCAAGUUGGGGAAAGCCUACAUAAAUGAGAACAAGCUAGAGAAACAACAAGGCAAAAAGAACAAGCCUUUUAGGAAAGUCUUGGUCACCAUCAAAAACACCUACAUGAGGGAGAGGAGCUUUACAAGUAUUGAGCUUGGGAAAAAUCUCAAUCUGAAACCAUCCCUUAUUAGAAAACCCAGACUCAUUACCAGAGGAAGGAAACCCCAUUCACAGCACUAUUCAGUUUUAUUUAAACAGCUGGGAGUCAAUACAGUACGCAAAUGUUACAAAUGUAACAUCUGUGGGAAAAUCUUCCUCCACAGUUCUUCCCUGAGCAAACACCAGAGAAUCCACACUGGAGAGAAGCUCUACAAAUGCAAGGAAUGUCGGAAAGCUUUCAGCCAAAGCUCAUCUCUCACUCAGCACCUGAGAGUUCAUACAGGAGAGAAACCUUACAUAUGCAGCGAAUGUGGGAAAGCCUUCAGUUUCACCACAUCACUCAUCGGACAUCAGAGGAUGCACACUGGAGAGAGACCCUAUAAAUGUAACGAGUGUGGCAAGACAUUUAAAGGAAGUUCAUCUCUGAAUAAUCACCAACGAAUUCAUACUGGAGAAAAGCCCUAUAAAUGCAACGAGUGUGGGAGAGCCUUCAGCCAGUGCUCUUCUCUUAUUCAACAUCACAGGAUUCAUACUGGAGAGAAACCCUAUGAAUGCAGUCAGUGUGGGAAAGCCUUUACGUCUAUAUCGCGGCUUAGUAGACACCAUAGAAUCCAUACUGGAGAGAAACCCUUUAAUUGUAAUGAGUGUGGGAAAGUAUUCAGUUACCACUCAGCCCUUAUCAUACAUCAGAGAAUUCACACUGGGGAGAAGCCUUAUGUGUGUAAAGAAUGUGGGAAAGCCUUCAGCCAAAGCUCUGCUCUAAUACAGCAUCAAAGAAUUCAUACAGGAGAAAAGCCCUAUAAAUGCAAUGAAUGUGGGAAGGCCUUCUCCUGGAUUUCACGGCUUAAUAUACACAACAGAAUCCAUACAGGAGAGAAACCAUAUAACUGUAAAGAAUGUGGAAAAGCCUUCAGUUCCCACUCAGCAGUUAAUACCCAUCGGAAAAUUCACACUGGUGAGAAACCUUAUAAAUGUAAUGACUGUGAAAAAGCCUUCAACCAAAGCUCAGCCCUCAUUCAGCACCAGAGAAUCCACACUGGAGAGAAGCCAUUUAACUGUAAAGUAUGUGGGAAAGCCUUCCGACAGAGUUCAUCCCUCAUGACACACAUGAGAAUUCAUACAGGAGAAAAGCCUUAUAAAUGUAAAGACUGUGGGAAGGCAUUUAGCCAGAGCUCUUCCCUUACCAAUCAUCAGAGGACUCACAGUGGAGAAAAACCUUAUAUUUGUAAUGAAUGUGGGAAAAGCUUCAACCAGAGUCUUCAUCUGAUUGAACACCAGAGAAUUCAUACUGGUGAGAAACCCUACAGGUGUAGUGAAUGUGAGAAAACCUUUAGCCACAGAUCAUCCCUUCUUGCCCAUCAGAGAAUUCAUACCGGAGAGAAACCUUACAAAUGUAAUGAAUGUGAGAAAGCAUUCAGCAGCAGUUCAACCCUGAUCAAGCAUCUCAGAGUGCACACUGGAGAGAAACCCUAUCAGUGCAAGGAAUGUGGGAAAGCCUUUAGCCAGUGUUCAACCCUCACUGUACAUCAGAGAAUUCAUACUGGCGAGAAACUCUAUAAAUGUACUGAAUGUGAGAAGGCCUUCAACUGUAGAGCAAAACUUCAAAGACACCAAAGAAUCCAUACAGGGGAGAAACCCUAUAAAUGCAGUGAAUGUGGGAAAGGUUACAGCCAAUUUGCCUCCCUGGCUGAACACCAGAGGCUUCAUACUGGGGAGCAGCUGUGUAAAUGCUUGGAAUGUGGAAGAACCUUCACACGCAUCUCAACCCUUACUGAACACCAGCGAAUUCACAUGGACCAGAAACCCUAUCAGUGUACCGAGUGUGGGAAAACCUUCAACCAGUAUUCUUCCUUCAAUGAACAUCGUAAAAUUCACACCGGGGAAAAGCUUUAUAGCUGUGAAGAAUGUGGUAAAGCCUUUGGUUGCAAAUCCAAUCUUUACAGGCACCAGAGAAUUCACACCGGAGAGAAGCCCUACCAGUGUAAUCAGUGUGGGAAGGCCUUCAGCCAGUAUUCAUUCCUCACUGAGCACGAGAGAAUCCAUACUGGAGAAACUCUACAAGUGUCUGGAGUGCGGGAAGGCCUACAGUUACAGAUCAAAUCUGUGCAGACACAAAAAAGUUCACAAUAAGGAAAAACUCUAUAAAUGGAAGGAAUAUGGGAAGCCUUUUAUCUAUAGUUCCUCUCUUACUCAGUAUCAGAGAUUUCUUAGAGGAGAUAAGGCCAGUGAAGUUUAAUUCUUUUCUCAAAUAAUUUAAGAUUCCUCAUUAGAGAAUAAUAAAUAGGGCACAGACUGCAUUAGAUUAAGUCUUUUUUUUACUUAUGGAGAAAAUGUUAGUUACCACUAAGUAAUGGUGAAAUUGAUCAGUAGGAUUAUGAAAAGCACUGAUUUCUCAAAUUUUAUAAGAACUUUUAAAUGCUAAUAAGGUUUUUAAAUAUAUAGAAAAAUUUUAAGUCAUGGAAAAAACAUAAAAGGCCUAACUUAAAAAUAUGAAAAUAAUGGAAUAUGUUUGGUAUCUCUCAUUGGAGUUUAUUCCCUAAGAGUAAGCUUUGAUAUGAAUUUUCUUUUAAAAGGAGCCAUUGAAUUAAUAAUGUAAGCAUGAGGUCAUAUUUGCUAAAAUGGCAGGCAAGCAGAGGACACACUCUUUUCCAUAAAGAGAAGUUCAAGGUAGAAAUGGAUUCUCUAAAUUCAGGUUUUCAUGUGGAAAUAAUCAAGCUCAUUUUUUAUGAACUGCCUCACCCGCAGGUUGUAUAUAUAAAUAUAUGUAUGUACACCUAGGGCAUGCAUACAUACACACACAUAGCUUUGGAAUAUAUAUUUUUUCCAAAAACCUUUGAUGAUUAAAAAAAUGUGGCUUAAUUUAGAAUUUAGUUUUGAAAAUUGAAGUUUUGCCCAAAUGGAAUCUCUUUUCCUUAUAUUAUUUCUUACUUUGAUAUGAUUUAACAUUACUGAAUAGUCUUAGGAUAGCAUUAUAGAAGGUGCAGUGAAGUGAAGCAAGGGGAGGAGACUGUCACACAAAUACUCUCUUAUCUGCUGCAGAUGGUGCAUUUGCAGAAUCUAACUAUACAGUGGUAGCUCUUAGAACCAGGAGAAAUUUUUUUUAAAGAUUUUAUUACUUAUUCAUGAGAUACAGAGAGAGAGAGAGAGGCAGAGACACAGGCAGAGGGAGAAGCAGACUCCACACAAGGAGUCCGAUGUGGGACUCGAUCCCAGGACUCCUGGGAUCACGCCCUGAGCCAAAGGCAGACACUCAACUGCUGAGCCACCCAGGAGUCCCAUGAACCAGGAGAAAUUUUAGUUUAUUUGUAGCCUUUCACUUUACUAAUGAAACUGAGCUUGUUGGGCAGAGUCAAGGCUAGAGUCUAAGUUUUCAGCCUUGGUUUUCUGCGAUAAUUAUAGAUAUUAAUUUUAAUAAUUGGAUACCAACCUCAAGUCUCAAGAAUACUAUUCAGUAUUUAUUUUGUAAACUGAUUAAGGCACAAUUGUGGUAAUUUUAUCAGUUUCAUUUCUGUAUUUGACAGGUUCCUCCUAACUGCAGUCCUUUUUUUUUUUUUUUUUUUUUUUUUUGAGAUUUUAUUUAUUCAUGAGAAACAGAGAGGCAAAGACACAGGUAGAGGGAGAAGCCCCACAAGCCGGCUUCUUGUGGGGAACUCGAUGAGGGACUUGAUCCCCUGACUAGGACGUGCCCUGAACCCAAGGCAGAUGCUCAACCACUGAGCCAUCCGGAAGUCCCAACUGCAGUCUUUUUAAUUGACUUACAGUCCUAUUCUCUCUUUUUCCUCUGUGUCCAUUAUACCUGCUUUUAUAAUAACUGUACAUAAAUUCUCAAAUUUAGCUGAGGGCUAAAUGGUGAAAUUGCUUUUGGAGUUUUCACAUACAAGAUUGCCUUUUUAUUUUUGUUAUUUAUCUCUUAGGAAUUAUUUUGUAUAAAGAAAUAUGUGAAUAUUUUAUAAUUAAGCAUUCUAGUCAUCAGUUAAAAUUGGUUUUCCAAAGAUUUUCCAUAUUUUUAACAUACACUGCAUUUUUCCCUGGGCCUACUUCCACAGUUUUAUAUCUCACUUUAACUCUCACAGUAUCUCACUAUCAUUUUAAAAAGUGUUCUAAUAAAAAAGUAGCUAGAACCUUCUGUCUGAGAAAGGUUUUAGAAUUAAAUGCAGGCUUUUAGCAUAGCAUAUUUCUUGACCUGCCUUAGCUCAUUAGAAAAUAACUUUAUAUAUUUAGGUAUAUUUAUAAGGCAGGAGUUUUUAAAAAGACUCAGUGUUUAACAUUGUACAGAGCCAUUUGUAAGAUAUUCUAGAGAAAAACAUGUUUGGUUAUCCAAUAGCAAUGAGCAUGCUUUGUGCCCAGAUUAUGGUUUCCAAAUGCUAUUCCCCAGUAAGGGGGAACCCAGGCUCAUUGAAGAAAUAGCUGAUUCCAUAUUUGGAGCAGGGUAAGUAUAAGAUGUGUCUAAGGUAUCUUUUUAUGAAACAAAACAAAAAGCACUUAAAGACUAAGCACUCAAAGGACAAUGUCAGAAGGACAUGGGAGCCAACUUGAAGGCACUCUCACUGGUCAAAUUUAAGAGAACUUAAACAAACAAAAAAAAAAGUCACUGUAAUUGGUUAUAACAUGCUAAGUAAAAAUGUGCCCAUAAUGGAAAAAUAGUGGGAAAAAAAAGGAAAUCUCUCUCUGUAAAUUAAUUUGAAGAAUGCCAUCUUUUAACUGUAUGUGGAAUGACAGAUUUAGAAAAAUCACCAUUUUAUAAACCUUCAUGUAAUUAAAUCAGACAAAUUCAAUGGAUGAUAAACCUAUUAGGUGAAAAAAAAUUUAAGGAGCAUGGUGUCAAAGGUCACAGAUAUGAAUUGCAAAAAAAAGAUAUGCCUUUAUAAUGGAGAGAUCUGGCUGUCAAACUGAGUUUCACUACUGGUGGGACAACCUGACAUUAUGUGGCUCCUGAUGAGGUGCGAUAUGAGGUACACAUGAUCACCUGCGAUGUAUUCUUGCCAAGAGUAUUUAAUGAAAAUCUAAUUAAACCUCUUAACCAAAUUUAUGAUCCUAUUGACAAGAAAGAUGAAAUAGAGGAACAAGUCGAAUUACAUGAUGAGGAAAUAGACAAACCUGGAGUUUGAGACUUUGUACAAGAUAACUGGCCUGGACAUCUCAAAAAGCCAUUGUAGUAGAACAAAAAGAAUUCUAGAUUAAGGUACUCAAGAAUCAUAAGCAAGGUGUGAUCCUUAGUUGAUUUCUGAUUCAGAAAAGUUAGAACAACUAUAAAGACAUUUGGGGGGAUAUUUGGAGAAAUAGGAGGAUGGAAUGGAUUUUAGAUAAUGUCAUGUUUAAUUUUCCUAGAAGUGAUAAUGGUAUUGAGGUAUAUAGGGUGAUGUCUUUAUUCUUAGGAGAUGCAUGUAAAAGUUUUCAAGUUUGAAAAGUCAUGAUAUCUGCAGCACAUCUUAAGAUGAGUAUGUAAAAAAUUGGUCAGCUGUUGUGAAAAAUCAGUCAUCUUUGUAGAGGAUAUAGAGAUGUUCAUUGGUCAUCUUUUACAUUUUUCCGUGUUUUUAAUUUUAAUAAAAAAUUGAGACAAAAAGUGAAUGAUGAAUAUGAAA